UUUUCUUCUUUUAAGUAAUGGUAUCUUUUUGGCAUCCAAUUAUUGGAUGCAUUGGUAUUAUCUCCACUGUUAUGGUCGUCAGUACAAAUGCUUCCCCUGUCUCGCAUGAAAAACGCGAUGGUACUGCUUACAAUUACUGGACCACAAAGGCUUUCGGUGCCAAUUUGGGUAAUUGGCUUAUCCUCGAAAAAUGGAUGGGCUCUUCCAUCUUUGACAAAUAUGCUCCUCAGGCUACUGACGAAUGGACGUUCUCUCAACAAGCAUCUAAUCCUGCACAAGCAUUGCAAGAGCAUUGGAAUAGCUGGGUUACUGAAGAUGAUUUCAAGAAGCUAGCAAGUGUCAAGGCCAAUCAUAUUCGUAUUCCUGUAGGCUAUUGGGCAUUUAUCAAACCUGAUGCUGGAGAACCUUAUGUAUUUAGUGGUCAAAAAGCGCAAAUUGAACGUAUUCUUAGUUAUUGUAAUACUUAUGGUAUGUAUGCCGUUAUUGACCUGCACGGUCUCCCUGGAUCUCAGAAUGGUGAAGAUCAUUCAGGCCAUUCGGGUUCUAUCGGCUUUUACUCGGAUUACAAUAUUCAACGUGGUCUCAAGACUGUUCAAGCUGUUGUCGAUUGGAUGAAUGGACUCAAUCCUACCUUAAAAUCCAGAAUUGCUUCUAUCCAAAGUGCCAAUGAACCAAGAGUAUCAGGAAACCAACUUAGUAUUUUGAAGAACUAUUAUCAAAAGGCUUUCAACAUUAUUAAUGCUUCACCUUUCAAGGUUCCUAUGAUAUUUCAUGAUGCUUUCCAAGGCCUUGGUGCAUGGAACGAUUUCUUACCCGUACCUGCCAAUGCAGUGAUUGAUCUUCAUCCUUAUUAUGCUUUCCCUCCAAACAAGGACACCAACUCAAUCAUUGGUGGUAUCUGUGGAUCUAGAGCUGCAGCUAAAAAAUUUCAUCUUCCUGUCUUUUACGGUGAAUGGUCAUUGGCUUCUGGUGUAGCUAGCCAAGAGUGGUGGCUCAGACAAAUGAUGGAUACUCAAAUUUCAGUCUAUAAGUCUGGCGCAGGUGGUACCUUUUGGGCCCUUAAAAACGCCAUCAACUCUAAAGAAUGGUCUUUUGAGCAACUUGUUGAUGAAGACAUUAUUAAUUCCGGCACUUUUUCACUUCAUACAAAUGCUCAAUGUUAAUUUUCUGUUUUGUUUUUGCUAUGCAAUAACAAAACAAAGCAAUAAAAAUAAGUGCGUUCCUGUUUAAGAUA